AUGAACGCUACAGCUUAUUUUCAGGAGGAUGAGGAGACCGAGCUGGGCUUGGUGGGGGCCUGUGUGAUCCUGGGGGUGUGUUUCCUGGUGGGCACACCUGGGAACCUGCUGGUGGUGUGGACCAUCUUGAAGCAUGUGAAGCAGCGUUCACAUACGGUGCUUCUCAUCCUCCACCUGGCAGCCGCAGAUCUUCUGGUGCUGGUCACUCUGCCGCUGUGGAUCUACUCGCUGGCCCGUUCCUGGGUGUUUGGAGAGGCUGCCUGCAAAGCCAUGGUGUACAUCAUCAAUGCCUGUAUGUACAGCAGUGUCUUCAUCAUCACCGUCAUGAGUGUGGAGCGCUUCGUGGCUGUCAGAUACCCCUUUGCCUCAGUUGGCUGGAGGAGGAGACAAGCACUAAACAAGGUACUUCUGAUGAUAUGGAUGGCUUCAUUUCUCCUCAGUAUUCCUGUCAUUCUAACUCACACUUUGGGAGAAGUUCACGGACAAAAUCAAUGUCUGUUGAGGGAGUAUGAGACUGAUGCCCAGGAGGCCGUGUUGCUCAUUUUAGAGUCUCUUAUAGGCUUCGUCAUCCCUUUUUUCACUCUGUUGGUCUGUUACGGCUGCCUCUUCAGUCGCAUAGCGCAGAUGAACUUCAAGUCCAAGAGCAAGUCGACGGUUCUCAUCUGCAGUGUGGUGGUGAUGUUCGCUGUCUGCUGGAUUCCUCAUCAUGUGGGGAACCUUCUUUCUCUCAUCUCGCUCGCUCUCAAGCAUUCAAACCCCAACAUGGCGGAAAGUUUGGAGGAAGCCUGCACCACAAUGACCAUUAUAGCAGGAGCCCUGGCGUUCAUCAGUAGCUCAGUCAAUCCAGUGCUUUACGUGUUUGCCGCUCGUACCUUCCACAGCUCGCUCCGGGAAACUGGAAUACAGAAGCUCUUCCAGCAUCUGUCCAGUGCAGUGUCAGGUGAAGGGAAUAAAGAGUUAUCAUUUGUGUCCAAAAGACAGAGUUCACACACCACCAACUCACAGUGUCUCACGGACUCAAAAGUGCCUGUAGAUGUGGCUAUGGAAUCAUGCAUCAGUACCUCAGACUGACUCUGUAAGAAGCUUUAAAGCCAGA